AUGGAGGAGCUCAUCCCCAACCCCUUCUACCCCGACCCCGCUGUCGCCCCCGCUGAUUCGUACGUGGAGGCAGAGGAGGAGGCAGUGCUAGUGGGUGAUGCCGACGCAGCGGAUGUGGAGGCUGCUGCUGCUGAUGCCUCCACAAGCGACGAGGAUGAUGCCGAGGGGCAUGUGGGAGACGAGGAUGAGUGGAGCGAUGAUGGUGAUGACUGGAUGUGCCCGUCUGAUGCCGAGGGGCAUGUGGGAGACGAGGAUGAGUGGAGCGACGAUGGUGAUGACUGGUGGGCCCCAGGUCGCUAUGAGGGGGAGGAGGUGGAGGAGUGGGUGGCGGGGGAGGAAGAUGGCUAG